AGAAGUAGUUAGUCAUCAUGAUCAAGUUGAUACUGUUCGGAGCCCUUGUGGCCAAUAUUAUACUUAUAACGUUUGCCACUAACACGGAUUGUGAUGAUAAUAACAACAAGCCAACACCUAAAAAAUGCAAAGGAAAGAACGAACGCUAUGAGCCUUGCCCAAAUCAGAUUUGUCAACCCAAGACUUGUGAUGAACUAGGCUUCCCUCUCAAUUGCCCUGCUGUUUCUCAAGUCGACGGAGUAUGUCAAGACAAACCAGCUUGCAUAUGCAUCGACGGUUACGUUAGAAAUAAAAAAGGAGUUUGUAUUCCAAAAGACAAAUGUCCAUCAUGCGGAGGAGACCCCAACGCCAAACCUGGUUGCGGAAUAAACUGUGGACGAUUAUGUUCAAACUAUCAACAGCAGAAUGUCCCGUGCCCAGAAAUUUGUAAAGUCAACGCCUGCGAUUGUAAGGGUGGAUACGUUUACGAUGAAAACACAAAUAAAUGCGUCAAGCCAUCUGAUUGCACGCCUUCCUGCGGCGAGAAUGAAAUAUACUCCGAAUGCACCAAUGGGGGUUGCAUCGGCGCAAGAAACUGUACUGAAAUAGGAAAACCCAAACUUUGCAUCCUCGUGACAAAAGGCGGCUGCAAAAAAGGAUGUCUCUGCAAGGAAGGUUUCUUGAGAGACUGUAACGGUGUCUGUAUACCACAGGAUCAAUGUCCCAGUAUAAAAUGUAAUAGACCUAAUGAACAGUACGAGUGUUGCCCAAAAAUUUGCCCGCCACAAACAUGCGAGAGCCUUAAACAGGACUCGUCUUGCGACUGUUCUGCGAUGACGGAUGUUUGCAAAGGUCAAUGCAUGUGUAAACCAGGAUUUUACAGAAAUAAAUUCAACGAUUGCAUUUCUGAAGAAAAUUGCAGAAAAUGCCUUGGACCCAACGAAUAUUAUGCAUGCGGCGGUGCUUGUGACAAUGUGUGUGCCACUCUGGACAAACAAAGUCAAGACAAUUGCCCUAUCGUCAAUAUAAAGUGUAACGAUAUGUGUUACUGUGACAAAGGAUAUGCUCGUGAUGCUAAUGGUGUUUGCAUACCCAUUAAAGAUUGUCCUCCAUUUCCUGAACUUACAUCAAAUUUUAUGGCAAUGUCACGCAGGUAUUUCAUGAAAUACCAUACGCCACUAGUCACCAUGAUCAAGUUAAUUCUGCUCGGAAUUCUUGUGGCCAAUGUUAUACUUAUGAGUAUAGCGUCUCCAACAAGCACAGAUUGUGACGAUGGAAACAAGCCGCCACCACCUGAAUACUGUGACGAUGGGAACAAGCCGCCACCACCUGAACGUAAAUGUAAAAAGAACGAGAGAUACGAAGUAUGCCCAAUUGCCCUAUGUCAACCAAAAACCUGUGCUGAACUUGGUUACCCAGUUGGCUGCCCAGGCGCGGGCCCUGGCGGCACUUGUCCUGGUAAACCGGGGUGCAUAUGCAUUGAUGGUUAUUUGAGAAACGAUAAAGGCAUUUGCGUGCCUAAGAAACAAUGUCCAUCAUGUGGAGGUGAUACUAAUGCAGAAUCAGGCUGCGGUCAAAAUUGUGGUAGACGAUGCUCCAAUUACAAGCAGAGUAAUGUAGUGUGCCCUCUUAUUUGCGAACUCAAUGGGUGCGACUGCAAGAAAGAUUACGUUUAUGACGACAAUAUCCGCAAAUGUGUGCAUCCUAAAGAUUGCACACCAACAUGUGGGGCCAACCAAAGAUAUUCCACCUGCAUUCAAGCCGAAUGCCGUCCACUGGACUGCAAAGACAAAGGAAAGAAUUUGCCUUGCCCAAGGAUCAGACCAGAGUCUUGCAAAAAGGGCUGCGUAUGUGUUGAAGGUUACCUUAUGAACGCAAAUGGAGAGUGUGUGCCAGUAGAUCAGUGCAAACCUGCUUGUGGAGACAACGAAUUUUAUAACACUUGCCCACCACGAAAAUGCGACGCUGAGUACUGUCCUAAGACCAGAGACAGCCCACAAGCAUGUGUUUCACCUAAAAACUGUGGAAAACCCAGGUGCACGUGCAACUUCAAUCACAAACGUGACUGGGAGACUGGAAAAUGUAUCCCGAUAGCAGACUGCCCUCCAUUCGAAUGCCACGGUCCAAAUGAAGAAUAUCAGAGCUGUCCACCGAGAUGCCCAGGACAAAAUUGUACUGACUAUAUAAAUAAAACCACUUGUCCAAAAUACAGAAUCGGAAUCGUUGUACCUUGUGAACCGAAAUGCCGAUGCAAGGAAGGCUACUACAGAAACUCUCAGAAUAUUUGUAUUGAGGCUUGUGAAUGCGAAAAAGACUGCAAUCCGGACAACAACAAUCCUGAUAACAGCAAUCCUGGUAAUAAUAAUCCUGAUAACAACAAUCCUGGUAACAAUAACCCUGGAAACAACAAUCCGGGAAAUAACAAUCCGGGAAAUGACAAUCCGGGAAAUAACAAUCCAGGAAAUAAUGUCAACAACACUGAAGUUCAGGCGAAAUUUAAUUUGGGUCUAGCUGAUUUUGCUUCCAAGUUUUUGAAUCUCCUUGUGAAGAAAAACCCAGGAAAGAGUGUCUUUAGCUCAGCUUUAUCUGUCGAUUUUCCGCUUGGCGCGCUUACUCUUUACGCUGAAGAAUCCUCCCUGGAUGAGUUAUUGAAACUUCUGAACCUUGCAAAUAAGGAUGAGGUUCGUAGUGCAUUCCAGACAGCUUUGUCAGAAAUCAAGUCGAACAAUGUUACAAUGGACAUUGCAAAUAAAGUUUACUUGAACAAAGAAUACCAAUUUAGUGAUGCCUUUUCUAAAGACUCUACCGAAGUGUUCAACGCCCCAGCUGAAGAAAUUGAUGUCAGUGACAGUCAAAAGGCCGCUGAUAUUAUGAACCAAUGGGUGGAAAGUAAGACCAACGGACGCAUUAAGAAUCUAAUACCAGCUGAUGCCAUAUCUACUUUGACUAGAUUGAUUCUCAUCAACGCUAUUUACUUUAAGGGUGACUGGAAAUACCAAUUUGAUGAAAAAAACACACAAGAUCAAGACUUUUAUGUGACACCAGACAAGACCGUUAAAGUACCGACGAUGUACCAGAAAAACAAGUUCUUCUAUACAGAGAGCCAAGAUCUACAAGCUCAGAUGAUCGAACUUCGUUAUACUGAUGAGGAGUACAAAAUGGUUAUUCUACUUCCAUUCGAAAAAGACGGUCUGCAAGGAACUCUGGAUAAACUAAAUGCCAACACACUCACCACGGCAAUGAAUAGCCUAGUCAGGACAGACGUCAGAGUAUAUUUGCCUAAGUUCAAAAUUGAAACCCAAAUGGAAUUGAUUGAAAUUCUUAAAGCUUGUGGUGUAACAAAAAUUUUUAAUGUAUCGGAUUCUGGGCUAAAAGGUAUAUUAAAACAAGCUGAAAAACUAGCCGUAACUGGUGCACUUCAGAAGGCGUUCUUGGAAGUGAAUGAGAAGGGAUCAGAAGCUGCUGCUGCUACCGCUAUAAUUUUGACAAGGCAGAGUGCUUCAAUUAAUCAACGAGAAAUCAUUUUUAGAGCAAAUCACCCUUUCCUCUUAUUUAUACUAAAGAAAGAUACAACAUUGUUCUCUGGUGCCUUCCUGAACUAAGGUGAUUGAUAAGUAACUCCUGUGUCUACAUGAAUUUAGAAUGAUUUGCUUGGUUUUCUUUAUACCUGUUGUUAUAAUAUUACUAAGUAAUUAUUAAUAUGCUUUUGUUUUAAAACUAGAAAUAGAUACUAUUUAUUUCCGACGUCAGUAGAGGAAGCCUCAGCGCGUAGGCUGAGUCGUUGACUACGUUUCCACCCUGCCCUUAACGCUUAUUAUUAUCACUGUAAAGAACCCUAUGCAAGUAUUUGUUAUUUAUUCAAUGAAUUAUUUGUUUUUUAGAAUAUUUCCAUUGUAUUAUCAUUAUAUUUGUUAACAAAUAUCAUAUGUAAUUAAAUUUGUG